UAUUAUUAUUAUUAUUAUUUUGCUAAUGACCAAUACACCUUUGUUAAAAUAUAAAGUAUUACACAAUUAAUAGGUGGGAGGUGAAAGAUAAGGCAAGUGAGUGAAUUCGUGAGGUGGAAAUUAAUCCACAGGCUCUUCUCUUCUCCAAACUCCCUCCCCCUCUCUCAUGAAUAUGGCAGAUAUACUGAUGGUGUAAUAAAUAUUUUUAUAAGUGUAAUUUAACAUAUUAUAAGAGUAAAUAUUUGUUUUAUUUUUCAGAUUAUUAAUUCUACUUAUUAUGAAUAAUUAAGUGCAAUUACUUUUCAAGUAAAUAUAUAUAGUGGAGGUCCGACCGACUGAUGUUGAAGAAUCAACGGGUGAGUUGUGGUUAGGGGUGAAAUACCACUCGCACCUAGAGCUAGCUGGUUCUCCCCGAAGUGCGUUACUUGAUUGGACAUCUAGGGGUAAAACACGAUUUCGGUUUCUGGAGGUGGACCCAAGGAUUGAUAAUUCACCAAUGUAAUGAUUUUGCAUGAAUUUAUGUACUAUUAGAGUUUUCGAGUCUCUUUUUCUUUCUUUCUAAAAUACAAUGGAGGAAAAAGAAAACAACCAGCCUUAUUUGCCUACAAUUUUCCCAAGUCUUAACCAUCAAAAUCCAGAGAUGGUUAAUGAAGAAGCAAUGAUGGUGUCACAAAUUGAAGAGAAGUUUAUAGAGUUUAGCGAUAAAGUAGAGAAUGCUGCACAACUAAGGUUUCUUAUUGGUGAAAAUCUUGAAAAUGGCAAAGCAAAUGAAAACAAGAAGAAGAGGAAAAGAACAAGAAUCAAGAGUAAUGAGGAAGUUGAGAAUCAAAGAAUGACACAUAUUGAAGUGGAGAGGAAUAGAAGGAAGCAAAUGAAUGAGCAUCUUCUUGUCUUGAGGUCUCUUAUGCCAAGUUCCUAUGUACAAAGGGGAGAUCAAGCUUCAAUUAUUGGUGGAGCAAUAGAAUUUGUGAGAGAAUUAGAGCAACUUUUACAAUGCCUUGAAUCACAAAAGAGAAGGAAACUCUAUGGAGAUGAUUCAUUAUUAAUGGAAAUUCAAAAUCCACCAUUCUUUGCUCCUUUACCUCUUGCAAAUGAAUUAUAUGAAGGUGGAAUUCAAGAAGAUAUAGCUGAAAUCAAGUCAUGUUUGGCUGAUGUUGAAGUGAAACUACUAGGUUUUAAUGCAAUAAUCAAGAUAUUGUCAAAAAGAAGGCCAGGCCAACUCAUUACCACCAUUUCUGCAUUAGAAGAUUUGCAGCUUAAUAUUAUUCAUACAAAUAUUACCACCAUUGAACAAACUGUUCUAUAUUCUUUCAAUGUUAAGAUUUCUGGAGAAACAAAGCUUACAGCUGAUGGUAUAGCAAAUUUGGUCCAGCAAAUAUUCAGUUUUAUUCAUGCAAACAAUGCCAUAUGAAAUAUACCUAAUUUACCCUGUACUCUUGUAUCAUAGCAAUUCUUGUUUAAUCUUGGAUUUUGAGCUCUUAAUUAGUGACUUCGUACAUAUUCUUGAUCAUUCAAAUAAAAGAUCUGCAUAAAUUCAUGUGUA